AUGGAGGUCUGGAACUCUACCUUGAGUAGCAGCUUCAUCUUGGUGGGCAUUCUGAAUGACAGCAGGUUUCCUGAACUGCUCUGUGCCACAAUCACAGUGCUGUACAUGCUGGCCCUGACCAGCAAUGGGCUGCUGCUCCUGCUCAUCACAAUGGACGUGAGGCUCCACAUGCCCAUGUACCUCCUGCUUAGGCAGCUCUCUCUCAUUGAUCUCCUUUUCACAACAGCUGUCACGCCCAAAGUCAUCAUGGAUUUUCUCCUUGGAGAUAACACCAUCUCUUUUGGAGGCUGUGCCCUGCAGAUGUUCCUGGCACUGACAAUGGGUAGUGCAGAGGACCUGCUUCUAGCGUUUAUGGCUUAUGACAGGUACGUGGCCAUUUGUCAUCCUCUCAAGUAUACGAUCUUCAUGAGGCCACGGAUCUGCUGGCUCGUGGUGACCACAUCCUGGAUCCUGGCAUCCCUGAGUUCCCUAGGACAUACCAUCUACACCAUGCAUUUUCCUUUCUGCAUGUCCUUGGAAAUCAGACACCUGCUCUGUGAGAUCCCCCCUCUGCUGAAGUUGGCCUGUGCAGACACCUUCACCUAUGAACUCUUGGUGUAUGUUACAGGGGUGACUUUCCUCUUGCUCCCCCUUUCUGCCAUUGUCACCUCCUACACACUGAUUCUCUUCAAUGUGCUCCACAUGCCUUCCAAUGAGGGGAGGAAGAAGGCCCUUGUCACCUGCUCCUCCCACCUGACUGUGGUUGGGAUGUUUUACGGUGCUGCCACGUUCAUGUAUGUCCUGCCCAGUUCCUUCCAUAAUCCCAGACAAGACAACAUCAUCUCUGUGUUCUACACAAUUGUCACUCCAGCUCUGAACCCCCUCAUCUACAGUUUGAGAAAUAAGGAGGUCAUGAGGGCCUUGAGGAGGGUCUUUGGAAAAUACAUCCUGCCUUCACAUUCCAGCAAUUAG